CUUGAGCGUCCUCGUUUUUCUGCUGCGUCGUUCCUUCUCUUUCGCAUCGUCUGGUUGUGGGCUCUUGCCGCAACAACGUCACCUCCUCGUCGUUCUUUCCCGGUACCGCGCCAGCGUUCAUGCCUGCCGACGCACCUUGUCCGUGAGCGCUGCGGGCCCCCCAAACCGUCUCCCUCUCAUCGGUGUCGUUGCUCUACAGUCCGGCGGGGACACGUGAGCCAGCAUGUUCCACACCUUCCAGUCGUCGGCGGGCCUGCGGUCGCCCGGCGCCGAGGGCGAUGGUACCGCCGGCAAGCCCACGCGCGCAGCAGGCUCGCGCCGCAUAUCCACGAGCAACGCCUGCGUCGAGUGCAGGCGCCGGAAGAUCCGCUGUGACGGCAUGCAGCCGUGCGGCCAGUGCCAGUGGUACCAGCAUCCCGAGGCCUGCGGCUACUCGAAGCCGGCGCAGAGGGUCGUCCCGAGCAGGAAGCUGGUCGACAAGCUGUCGACCAACAUCGAGCAGUACCGGACCGUGCUGGCGAAGCUGUACCCGGCCAAGGAGCUCGAUACUCUGGUCUCGUUACCGCGAGAGGAACUCCUAGAGCUGGCACUCUCCUCCCCGGGCCCCGCCCAAACAACGUCUCCGUCAACGGGGGAACCGCAGGCCAUCUCAGAAAUCAGCCAUGGCUCGGAUGGCGCUCAGAGCCUCGAGGCCCUGGAGCAGGCUCCUCCAGAAGACCCCUUCUGGGACGAGACUCGCAAGCACCAGGUUCGGGUGCAGGGCAUCUCAGACGAUGUCAACGGCCUUUCCAUGUCCCUCGACCGCAUGUCCUCCUACGUUGGCAUCUCCUCCAUCACGGCAGCACUGAAGGUCAUUGUGAGAUGUGCGCCUCAAGCGAAGCCGCUCAUCGCCCACAACAGCUCCGAAACAGUACUCCCCAGUCGAGCAGGAUCUCCGCCACCCGAGCUCGCCGACGAUAGACCGGAUGCGCUACCACCGCAGGCCCAAGGUCGAGAACUCAUCGAGAGCUAUUUUGAUUGCGUGCAUCCCUUCUUUCCCCUGAUUGAGGAGCACAAAUUCUGGUCGACCUACCUGUACGGCGAUCGGAAGGAUUCGCCCUGGCUGGCGCUGCUGAACAUGGUUUUUGCUUUAGGAUCUCUCGCAUCGUCAACAGCAGACAAUGAGGUACACUACGUCUACUUCAACCGCUCACGGCAACACCUGACGUUGGAGUCGUUCGGCAGCGGCAAUCUUGAGGUGCUGCAGGCUCUAGCCAUCAUGAGUGGGUACUACAUGCACUAUCUGAACCGGCCGAAUGAAGCGCAUUCGCUUAUGGGCGGUACGCUUCGGAUGGCUACUGCUUUGGGCUUGCACCGAGAGUACUCGGAAGCGUCGAAGAGUGAUGUAAACAGGCAUCUCAACAUCAUGGCGCCUGGCGAGGAAGACUCCAUAUCCCCUGAGAUGCGGAGACGGAUAUGGUGGAGCUUGUUCUGCCUCGAUGCUUGGGCUUCGACUACGACAGGCAGGCCUUCUCUAGGGCGAAUGGGUCCUUCGAUUACUGUCCUUCGACCUGGGACCACGAAGUCGGCCAGUAUGAUCCCGCAACCUAACAGCCCACAGUAUCUCGAGCAGCUCAAAAUCCUGCCUCUGAUCCACGCAUCGGAAUUCUGCCAGCUCGCUACAAAGAUCCAGGACCGCCUUGUCGAGUCACCGCUUCUCCCGCCCUCCGAAACAGCGGCAUAUGAUGCAGAAAUCAUCAAGUGGCACGAUGAACUGCCUGCCAUACUCUCCAACAUGAACGAACCCUGCCCUGACUUCCUCCGCCGCGUGCGCUUCGUAAUGAAGUGGCGCUUCCAGAACAUCCGCAUCGUGCUGCAUAGGCCCGUCCUCCUCGUUGCAGCACUGCGGCGUUGUCCGUUUACCGGCUUGAGCGCAGAAGAGAAGGUUGCUAUUGGCAAAUGUCGUAUCGUGGCCGCCAAGACGAUCGAAGAUAUCUCGAAUGAAUGUCUACCAGACUUGAUCUCUGGCUGGAACGCUGUCUGGUUCGCAUUCCAAGCCUGCAUGGUCCCGCUCGUGUCUCUCUUCAGCGACGCCAGCAUGCCUGAAGAAACAGAGAAAUGGUGCGCUAGCAUCGAGACUGCACUCACCUUCUUCGAACGGAGCAAGCCUUGGAGCAUUGCAGCGAAGCGCAGCAAGGACGCGAUAUCGAAGCUCUACCAAGCAUACAAGAUCCAGGCCUCGAGUCCGGGCCAGCUUGAACAGCCUCGACAACAACCCCAACUUCAGCAGCAAUCACCCACACCACAGUUCGCGAACAACAUGCGAGGCAUGGAGGGCGCCUACGACUACAACGCGGUCCCAGACGUUGGUAACCUGUCCAUGAAUCCCGGUGUAGUUGGCGCAUGGGGCAACGAUCCGAAUGCAAUGACCAACUUGAGCGGUUUCUGGGACGACAUGAUGUGGGAUACGAAUUUGCCGGAUAUGUUGGAGACACCUUUCGGGCUGGCGACGGACUACGACUUCCAAGGCGCCGCGCAGGACUCUGGCGCACCAUGCUGGAUGCAAGGCAAUUGAAUGACUCCGAUAUCGCGCUAUUGAUACGAGGAUCAGUUGUUUGGAGAUCUGACCUGAAGUAUAUCUUUCAUUGGUACUAUGAAUCUUCGGCGGAAAGGAAAGGGUACCGCCAAGGUGGAUUGCGAUGAACGCCUGCCUGAUUCGGCGACACACAAAAAAGUGGAGG